GAUUCAAAUCCUCGGUGUCAUGGCGGCUCCUGUGGACAGCGGCUACUGGUUUCCAGCGUUAGCUCUGGGAGUUUCCUUCCUCAAAUGUCUCUUCAUCAACGCCUAUCAUUCCACAGACUUCGAGGUUCACAGGAACUGGCUGGCCAUCACUCACAGCCUGCCGGUGUCCAGGUGGUACCAUGAGAACACGUCAGAGUGGACUCUGGACUACCCGCCGCUGUUCGCCUGGUUCGAGUUCGGCCUGUCCCACGUGGCUCAGCACUUCGACAGGAACAUGCUGCAGGUGGAGAAUCUGAACUACGCCAGCCCGUCCACGGUGCUUUUCCAGAGGCUGUCGGUCAUUUUCACCGAUGUGGUUUUUAUCUACGCUGCCAGAGAGUGCUGCAGGUGCGUUCAGGAGCAGAAGGGCCCUCGGGACGUUUUGAGCCGGCCGUCCUUUGUCCUGGCCGUGCUGCUGCUGUGGAACUUCGGCCUCCUCAUCGUCGACCAUAUUCACUUCCAGUACAACGGUUUCUUGUUUGGUGUCCUGCUGCUGUCGGUGGCAAAACACCUGCAGUCGCAGCACCUGCAGGGGGCGCUGCUGUUCGCUGUCCUGCUCAACCUGAAGCACAUCUACCUGUACGUGGCUCCGGCCUACGGCAUCUACCUGCUGAGGAGCUACUGCUUCAGUCAGGACAACAAAGACGGUUCUAUCAGGUGGGCGAGUUUCAGCCCGUUGCGUCUGCUGGCUCUGGGCAGCAUCGUGGUCUCGGUGUGCGCUCUGUCCUUCGGUCCGUUCGUCGCCAUGGGGCAGCUCCCUCAGGUCCUGUCCCGUCUGUUCCCCUUUAAACGAGGCCUCUGUCACGCCUACUGGGCCCCUAACAUCUGGGCUCUCUACAACAUCCUGGACAAAGGCCUGGCGGUGCUCGGUGUUCGUCUGAAGCUGCUGGACGAGGCGGGACUUCCUCGAGCCUCCAUGACGGGUGGGUUGGUUCAGGAGUUUCAGCACUCGGUCCUCCCCUCUGUCUCUCCCUCUGUCACACUCGUCUGCACCCUGCUGUCCAUCCUGCCGGCGGUGGCGUCCAUCUGGCUUCGUCCUCGCGGCGCUCGUGGUUUCCUGCGCUGCCUGCUGCUCUGCGCUCUGGGCUCCUUCAUGUUCGGCUGGCACGUCCACGAGAAAGCCAUCCUCAUCGCCAUCCUGCCCCUCAGCAUCCUGGCGGUGGAGAGCCGAGAGGAUGCUGGGAUCUUCCUGGUUCUGACCACCACGGGGCAUUACUCGCUGUUCCCGCUGCUCUUCACCCCCGCAGAGUUUCCUAUCAAAGUUUCUCUGAUGCUGAUGUUCACCGUCUUCUCUUUCACGGCUCUCAGGAAGCUCCACAGCGGUCAGGGCUCUCUGCUCCGUCCUCUGGAGGUCAUCUACCUGCUGGGCCUGGUCGUCGUGGCGAUCGCCUGUGAGGUGGUCUUCCCCCUGUCGCCGUGGCAACAGAAGCUGCCUUUCCUCCCCCUGCUGGCCACAUCGGUGUACUGUUCGGCGGGCAUCUGCUACUCCUUCCUGCGUCUCUACGUCAGCCUACUGCGACGGGACGACAAACCCAAGCAGCUGUGAGAUCCAGGUUAGAGCCCGCAGCGACACACCCUCCGCCACCGCCACCGCCUGCCCUCGAGCAAGGCAGCCGGACACAACACUAUCGUUUAACAGAAGGGGAAGCAGAGGGGCGUGCACACGAUCCGACGGCACGGGAAAGGUUCGAUCUGGGCAACAAAACUAUAAACAGACAAUUUUAGCACCUAUUCUUCUUGGAAACAAACAGAUGACAUCACAUCCAGGUUUUCCGGCAUCAUUGGUACAUUUAUCAGUUUCUUUACAUGAUGAGUCUUUAGUGUUUGCUGCAUCACGAGAAAAACGGACAAAUUCAACCUCAGCUCGAGCAAAAACUGAGAAUGUAGUGGGACUGAAGGAAGAAACAAAGUCUUGGAGGUCUGAAAUCAUUUUAUCUGCAGCUUUGUUACCCAAAAAUUAAUCCUAAAUCAACAUUAAAAGAAAAUAGUAUUUGCAUCAUGUUAAAUCGUUUGAACCUGGUUGUUUUAUUUUGAAAUAUUAUCAGACAAAACAAACCAGAAGGCUGAACUACGAAGCGAGAUUAGUGUGUUAGCAGGUAUGUUGAGAAUAAAGUCAGAGUUUUCAGUCCCACAAAGGUCUUUUAAGCUGCUAAUCUCCAUGGUAACUGUUGCGCUGGAACUACAUCUCCAUGGUAACUGUUGCUCUGGGGCUAGAUCUCCAUGGUAACUGUUGCUCUGGAGCUAGAUCUCCAUGGUAACCGAUGCUGCGGAGCUAGAUCUCCAUGGUAACCGAUGCUGCAGAGCUAGAUCUCCAUGGUAACUGAUGCUCUGGAGCUAUAUCUCCAUGGUAACCGAUGCUGCAGAGCUCGAUCUCCAUGGUAACUGAUGCGGUGGAGCAGGUUUUGUUCAGAGUUCAAAUUUAAAUCGGCCAGAAGAAGUGUCUCCCUUUAAACAAAUAGUUUUCUGAUGAUGUUUUAUGAGUGAUACAGAUUAUCAGCAGGGGGAAUACAUUAUUUAUGUAAACAUGUUGAGCUGUCUGUUACUAAAAUCCACUGAAUGAAGCUGUGUAGUUACAGCAUCACACACUAAGCAGCUCACUUGAAAUCAUGUGGCUUAUUUGGAAAUAUAAUGUUUGAGACAGUGCAGCAAAGAAACAAAAAGAAACUUUCACAUCCCAGCGACUUGAUUCUGUAGCAGAAAUGCUAAUUUUAUCAACUUGAUCUACAAGAAUCCAACGUACCGUCGGUGGUUUCAGAUACAGGAAGUCUCGUGUCUGCAUGGAGGAAACAACAACAACUGAGAAGCAGUGAAGGACUUGUGUUGUUAAUAAAAGAAUAUGUGGACCAAAAUAGAACUGAUAGACAUUUAUGACAUUUGUAUUUUUGCAUUUUUCAAUAAAAAAAGAAAAGAUGUCCUGUC